AUGAAGCCCAAUACUUCAUACAGCUCUAAUUACGAGCGGAUGUCUGGCAACUGCACUCGAUUAGUUGCUGCACAGAUGCUCCAGAACCUCUCUCCACCCAUCACACCUUCUUCUUAUAUUCUCGACAAUGCUUGUGGACCAGGAAUCGUAAGCGAGCAGAUCAAGCUCCUCCAUCCUGAUGCCAAAAUCAUGGCCACCGACUGGUCACCAGCAAUGAUCGAAGAAACGCAGAAUAGGAUUGAAAAGGAAGGGUGGAGCAAUAUUCAGACGGGAAUUGAAGAUGUAAGGGAUUUGAAAGGACUGGAAGAUGGGACGUUCUCGCAUGCGUUCACGAACUUGGGGAUGCUUGUUCCUGGCGAUGAUGACUCUGGAGUCAGAAUAACAAGCGCGCUGUUCCGAGUAUUGAAAGUUGGAGGUGUAGCUUUGGUGUCUUCUUGGGCCGAUCGAGUGUGGCUCAAUGCAUUUUACAACACUGCACGCGCGAUCAGACCAAACGAAGAGCCACAGAAACUCAUGGCAUUGAUGCCAGAAAUGAUGAAAGCUUCAUGGCUUGCUGCACAACUUGAAGAUGGCCGUUUCGGAAAUAACAUUGAGGUCAAACCCUGUGUGACUUACACGGAGGCAGGAAGUCUUGAUGAAUUAGUGAACAAUAUGCUACUCGCCAAGCAAAUGUUCUUCAGCGGGUUCAGCGAUGGCGAAAUGGAAAACGUGAAAGGGAUAUUCAAGGAAGAGUUGAAAAAGUUGAGAACUUUCGAGGAAGUAGAGGGAGGUGUGAGAAUUGAGAUGAAAGCUUGGAUCGGUAUUGGCUGGAAGAAAGGAGACGAGUUAGAAGUCCCAGUGUAG